AUGGCAGCACCUGGCAGUAGCAGCGAUGAGGAUGAGUUUGUCGCUGGCAGCUUGAAGCCGUGGCUGGCGCCGCCUCCGCCGCCCAAGCUUGCCCCGCCUGCGCCAACGGGCGGCAAGAAGCAGGCUGCAGCAGGGGCCAAGGGUGGUGCGGCUGGUGCGGCAGCUGCGAUGGAUGGCGGUGGCGAGUUUGGUUCUCGUGUGUCUCUCAUCCGCCUGGAUCAGGGCAGCAGCCCUGGCAGCACCUCGGAUACCAGCGGCGGCAGCGUGGUCCACACCAGUGACUUUCUGGGCUACUCCUUGUCGCAGCUGGGCACUGGCUUCCUGGGUGUGCUCAUCAACCAUGCAGGCUUGUCUGGGGCCAACACCAGCGGCAGCACGCUGACGUUUGACAUGCUGUGCAGCCAGCUGCAGCUGGAUCGCCGCGUCAUGAGCAGCGGCCUGCUGUUCCUCUGGGCUGCCAAGGGGCAGACGUCGCAGGCGGUGCGGUUUAUGGCCAAGCAGGGCUUCAAAUAUGUGGAGAACCUCACGUGGCUCAUACUGGGGCCCAACAACAAGCCAGUGGAGGAGGCGUCGCCGCUGUUCCGCCGCUCCCACCUCACGCUGCUGAUGGGGCGGCGCGGCGACGAGCGCAGCGAGCAUCUGGAGCUGCGCCACCAACGCAGCCCCGACGUCAUCGUCAGCCCUGCGUCCUGCCAGUGCCCAGAAGCAGUGUAUGCCAUGAUAGAAACGCUGCUGCCCGAAGCUUGCACGGCCACGACGCCACGCCUGCUGGAGCUCGACAUGCACGGUGGCCAGUGCAGCGCUCGCCGGGGCUGGGUCAGGCUGGUGGCGGACUGA